UUCUACCUUCUGACAAGCACAGGAUGCCCAAUGAAUUGAUCCACAACCCGAUGUUUCAUCAUUUUAGUAAAAAGAGUCCAUGCAUCAACGAUCCUUGCAUAAACAAAGGAAAAUGUGUUGCCAAAUUCAAAGAUGGCGAUUACUACUGCAGUUGGUGUCCUCGGUUUUACAACGGAAAAGACUGCAAAACAGGCCCCCUUAUUGGAAAAAAUUGCUUGGACAUUAAGGAGCGAGGUCUCUCACAGGGAGAUGGCAUGUACUGUUUAGACCCGGAUGGAGCAAGCCAUUCCAAUGCAUACCUGGCCUACUGCGACAUGACGUCACACAAUGGAGGAUGGACCAUGUGUUACACCACCGAUGAAUAUGUCAAACCGAGGACCGAAGUCACAUACAACGCCUCUAUUCCGUAUGGAACUGUCGGCUAUAGGACCAACUGCAACAACAUCUCUUUUACAGAGAUUAUGUUCUUGGAUCAUCAAACUUUGGCUAAAGUGUAUUUCAAGCGAAGAACCAACCAGUCUAUAACGGCCAGUUUGAAUUAUGGGAACAAUGCUUCUACUUAUGGAUUAUGGAACGGUGUGGGAGUGAGCGACGCCUACCUUUAUCAGCUACUGAUUUGUGAUACCUCAUUUUACAGUGGCUUCUUAGUUUCUGGUUACACAAAUUGUUACACGGAGUGUGAAAACUGGUGUGGCGAUCAUGUCUCCCCAUACUUCCGUACUGCAACUACCAGUUUGCAUUACUCUGGUGUGGCCUUUAACACCAAUGGCGCCCGACCACUCAAUAAAAGUGUCAUCAGUGUCGGUCUGCGCUAAGACAUUUACGGAUUGAGCUGCAUAAUUUCCUUCUUAUGUAUGUCAUAUUUAAACAUGAACAUAACAGAUUAAUCGUAUCUAGGCUUCUCCCGAUUGUGCACGGCAACUUCUGAGCACCCUUUUGUGGUCCAAACAACCUCGAACAAUUUUUGCCUUAUUGCCCAAUUUUUUUGCAAAAUAUGGCUUUAGAGCACAUUUCAAGCACAAAAAAAGUCAACAGUUUUCACAGAAAACUUUAGUGUUUGCAAAUUUCUGAAUGUUUAUCAACACUUGAGAACUUUUCUCACGCCUGUUGCGGUUCUUAUCUGAUAUUGUAAGAUGGCAAGACGUCAAAUGAAACAUGUAUGUUGUUCCUUUAGGCAUAAGAGUAUCCUUAAAUUUGGCCCAUAUUUGC